AUGGCCUGUGCCGCUGGUUACGGAGUACUUUAUGCUACCUGGAUUGGAUUAUUCAUUGCUGUACUUGGCGGAAACAAGGGUGUGAAGGGAUGGGCCUGGGCCUUUUUCUUUGCAGCCAGCAUUUUGUUGGGAUCACUUCGCAAUGGGUUCCGUUGCCGAUACAACAUUCGCUCCAAUGCUCUUGGUGACUUUUUGGCAUCGUUGUUCUUGUGGCCUCAGGUCUUGGCACAGCUAAGGGUUCAAUGCAUCACAUUGGGACUGCCAGUUGACAAGACAGACGAGGUUGAGGUUGCACCAUUCAAGCUUGAAGAAGCGACCGAAACCAAGGGAGUCCGCUCCAGUGAAGCCUCUGAAGAAGUGAGCCCAGCAUCCUUGUCUCCAUCGGAGAUGGAGUUCCCCCAGACAGAGAUCGUUGCCUGA